UGACUUCUGGGUUACUACUCGGCGCUCAACGUUCAGCGAUCAACCACCAUGCUGAUAUAUUUGGCUCACACGAGCUAUACUAGGUUAUAUACGCUUUAUUCAGGCGCCCAUGGCCUUUUUCCUGGCUGCGAGUCGUAUGCCUCAUUGCAAAUCGAAGGUAGCACAUAAAAGGAGAAGGUAAGGAUCUUCAGCUCAUGCCCUCACCUCCCUCCAGUCGUAGCCCAAUUUCUACAUCUUCGUCCUCUUACGAUGCGCCGGGAACACAAUUUCUUAACUCCCACUCAUCAGGACGAGAAAUAUACUCGCACACAACGGAUCUGUCGAUUUGCUUUCCUUCUCUUACUUGGCGCACCUUCGCUAGACGAGCUUGCUGAGAUCCCAGAGCCGGACUUCAAGGAACUCAGAGACCGUUUAAUUACUCGCAUGACAAACACGACCGUCGUUGCUGCCCUUGCAGUCUCGGCCACUGUGGCAUUUCUGACCACCACUCCCCCAACCCCCUAUGCAGCGUGGGACGAAGAAUUCCCAUACGCUUUUAUCGCAUGCGCUAGUGGGAGUGCUAUAUUGUCCGCUGCGAGUGGUCUUGGCUUAAUUAUGUACUUGGGCGUCAUGACCCACCAAUCUGUUAUGAGAUUGAAGGGCAACGUCCUCAAACGCUGGGCUGCUGUCGUGUUGAUGACGAUUCCAACUCUCUUCCUGUUUAUUACGGCGGGCUGUGCUUUCCUCGCAUGGCUUGGCGCUGUCUGGUACGGUAAUAAACUUUGGAUGAAGUUAACAAUGACCGCUUUAACCCUUGGCUGCUCAGCGCUCAUUGUGAUGCUGUUUCUGAUCAUUCCCAUGCUCUAUUAGUUCUGCUACCACAUCACAACGCCCAUCUUGUAGUCUCUGGAUACUUGGCAUUGGAAUAACGAAAUUCAUAUCUUGGAGGUCAUGUCCAUGGCAACAGCCACCGUAGACGCAAAAGAAUUUGUU